AUGUCCUCGUCCCAGUCCAAGCCGGCCCACCUCGAGCCCUCAGAGCUCGGCACCAAAGAAUACUGGGACAACCUCUACGCCGCCGAGCUCUCCAACCAUGCGCACAACCCGGCCGACACCGGCACCGUCUGGUUCGACGACUCCGACGCCGAGGCGAAGCUGACCGCCUUCCUAGCCUCCAUAUCCUCGUCCCCCUCGUCCCCCUCGUCCUCCUCCUCGGCGGCGCCCUCCGAUGACGGCGACGAGCCGCUGCCUCGCCCCGCCCUCUCGCCCCCCCUCGAAAAAAACACCACCGCCUUCCUCGACCUCGGCACCGGCAACGGCUCGCUGCUCUUCCGCCUGCGCGACGCCGGUUGGCGUGGGCCCAUGCUCGGCGUGGACUACAGUCGCGCGAGCGUCGAGUUUGCGCGGCGCAUCUCCCUGUCGCGGGCCUCUUCCUCCUCUGCCGCCGCGGCGUCGAUAACCUUCCUCGAGCACGAUGUCCUGCGCGCGUCGCCCUCCGGCCUCCUCGCCGGCUCUCAGCAACCGGAUGGGUGGGACGUCGUGCUCGACAAGGGCACCUUCGACGCGGUCUCUCUCUCGGCCGAGACCACCUCCGCCUCCCCCUCUCGCUCCGUCGCUACCGGCCGCCGCGUCGCCGAGACCUACCGCUCGCGCGUUCUCCCGCUCGUCCGCGCCGGUGGCUUGUUCCUCGUCACGAGCUGCAACUGGACGGAGGAUGAGCUACGGCGUUGGUUCGAGGGCGACGACGAAGAUGACCAGGACGUAGGGGGAACGGUGGAAAGUCAAGCUGGCGGCGGCGGCGAAGAGAGAGCUAUUCCACGGCGGCACUGGCGGUUCGAAUGUGUCGGCCGUGUCGAGUACCCCAGCUUCAGCUUCAGUGGCAUCAAAGGUCAGACCAUCAGCAGCCUGUGCUUUAAGAAGGUCGUGACUUAG